ACCCGGCCUUGGCCGAGCCCGGCGCUGUGGGCACCCGGCGGCGGACGACGGCGGAGGCGCUGCCAGCGAGAGGCACUUUCCCCUAACUUGGCCAAGGUUUUUCAGACGCGCCUCUUUCCCUUUGAAGUCGGAAGCUUGCGCAAUGUGCUCUUGGACCAUCUCGAGCGGAUCUUCGACCUCGGUCACAAGCCCAGCACCCAAAGUGAGGAAAACCCAAGGACGAGUUUACCACGACUUCUAUGCCGGCACGCUGAAAGAGAACGGCGGCCCUUUAGAUCUUCGGGCUUCUCUGGUGAAAAAGCUCUCCGAGUUCGCCUUUGGCAACGAAGGAGAUCCUGAGGGCUACGCAUAUCCACAGCCUACCGGAGCUCCGCCUGCACUUCCCAAGGGUGCCAUCUCGCCGACGUCUUCGCUAGAGUUGAUCGGAAACUUCUUCUACCAUGCGCACAGUCUGGAGCAGUGCCCUCCGGCACCAACGUGUGCAAACAACUCAAAGCAGGUGCCGCUGGUUCACUACCAUCGCGUCGCACCCCUUCACAUGCGGAAGGCCUUUUGUAAUUACUACCACUUCACCACGGUGGCGCUGUCCC